AUUCACUGUUGCUUUUUUUCUGGGCAAGUCAUGUCUGGACGCGGCAAGGGCGGGAAAGGUUUGGGCAAAGGAGGUGCCAAGCGCCACCGCAAGGUUCUGCGCGACAAUAUCCAAGGCAUCACCAAGCCCGCCAUCCGGCGUCUGGCCCGGCGCGGCGGCGUGAAGCGCAUCUCGGGCCUCAUUUACGAGGAGACCCGCGGGGUGCUGAAGGUUUUCCUGGAGAAUGUGAUUCGCGACGCUGUCACCUACACCGAGCACGCCAAGCGCAAGACGGUCACCGCCAUGGACGUGGUUUACGCGCUUAAGCGCCAGGGGCGGCGUGCUGCCCAACAUUCAGGCCGUGCUGCUAUGGCUCGUACGAAGCAGACCGCUCGCAAGUCUACCGGCGGCAAGGCGCCGCGCAAACAGCUGGCUACGAAGGCGGCUCGCAAGAGCGCACCCGCGACGGGCGGUGUGAAGAAACCGCACCGCUACCGGCCCGGCACCGUGGCUCUGCGGGAGAUUCGUCGUUACCAGAAGUCGACUGAGCUGCUUAUUCGCAAGCUGCCAUUCCAGCGGCUGGUGCGCGAGAUCGCGCAGGACUUCAAGACAGACCUGCGCUUCCAGAGUUCGGCGGUAAUGGCGUUGCAGGAGGCGUGUGAAGCCUAUUUGGUGGGGCUCUUCGAGGACACCAAUCUGUGUGUUGUCGUAACCAUGUCUGGUCGUGGUAAAGGCGGCAAAGGUCUUGGGAAAGGAGGCGCUAAGCGCCACCGUAAGGUGCUGCGCGACAACAUCCAGGGCAUCACCAAACCUGCUAUCCGGCGUUUAGCUCGGCGUGGUGGUGUGAAGCGCAUUUCUGGGCUCAUCUACGAGGAGACUCGAGGGGUGCUGAAGGUGUUUUUGGAGAAUGUGAUUCGGGACGCCGUUACCUACACCGAACACGCCAAACGCAAGACUGUCACCGCCAUGGAUGUCGUCUAUGCGCUGAAGCGACAAGGCCGCACCCUUUAUGGUUUCGGCGGCUAAACGUGAGGCAACAAUAGUUGCUAAAAAUAAAAAGGCCCUUUUCAGGGCCACCCACAAAUCACAUAAGGGGCUGGCGUCUGCUGGAGGAAAGCUAAAAUUAACGUUACCUGUCUGGGUUAAGUGAAAGCUGAGUGAGAAACUGCUUUCAUCAGAUACUCUCAUUCUAUACUUUAAAUCAAUUAUAGAAAAUGUUUUUCCGGCUUAGCCAGCUGUCCAGAGCCAUUCAUGAUCCAAGCAGCAAUGUUUGGCUCGGGAUGCAGAACUAAGUUCAAAAAUUGGGGAUAGGUCGUAAUUGGAGAGCAAGCAUUGGGGUCUGGAGAAGGAUGUUUGUACUGCGGGGUGGGAGUCUUAGGGCUGCUUUGGUAUCGGCCAAAACAACCAGGGGCUCUGCUCCUCGGAACUGGACGUACAACAAAACUCGGCAAAAAUUUUGGUUUUAACUUGUGUGCCGGGUGUGAGCACAAACACGAAUGCGUCCGACUAGGCCGUGUUUGGGUGGAUUUUGCUCGUGCUGCGCGCGAGAUGUGGCCCACUGUUGGGGCAGCGUUCCGGCUAGGGGCUCACCUCCAGGUCGGGUGACCAAGCAUUUUUGUACAACUCCACAAUUACAACAUUUUUGAGAAAUAAUGGCAGUCACAUCCAAGCAAAGCAUGGGAUGUGGAUGAUCUAUAGAAAUUGAAAUCAUUAUGAAGUGUUUUGUCGACCAGUUUUGGAUUUUAGGGCAUGGUUUCAUUUUUUUUUUUUUUUUUUUUCCGGCCCAAUUACACAAAUAAGUCCAGAAAAGCGAGGUCCCGGUGUCACUUGAAGAACAUGCUGGAAUAUAAAAAUUGUAGUUUUGCAUUGGGCUUUGAUCAAAGUUGAUGGGGAUACUGAGGGCCAAAUUAUGAUCAAUAUUAGAAUUUAACAUACCGAAUGAUCUGUAAAUAAGAAAAUUGUCACAAAUUAAGUGAAAACUGAAAUUAGUAUUGUUCCAGCAUUGUUUAGAAGAGAAAGUACUUGAUAAAAGAAAAACUUACCAUGCAAUCUCACGGCUUUAUUGAGCAAUUCACAAAUCGGGCAGCAUACCAUUCCAAAAGUAGAAAAGUGCUUCACUUAGAAGAGAGCUUCACGGAGCCAGUGGAAAGAGGAAGCUCCUCUAGGGAAAUGAAGAAGCAAGGGAGGAAAUGUGCUGAUUGGCUGAUAU